AUGACUUUACUGGGAGGCGAUGGUUCGGAUUACGACUACAGUGCUUUAAGUUGCACCUCGGACGACUCUCUGAACGGGCCCCCCAUCCAGGAACGAGAGGCCCUCAAGGGUGUUUAUUACAAACGGGCGCAACACCUGCCUCUGACCGACCCCAACAUCACCGAUGCGCUCCAUCUGGACGACAACGGCAACCUGCCUUCCUGCGGCCAGCGGCUGCACGUCAUCAUUAACGUGGGCGGCCUGCGGUACCAGCUUCCCUGGACCACGCUGGAGGACUUCCCCCUCUCGCGUCUGGGCCAGUUGCAUCUGUGCAGCAGCUUCGACGAGAUCAUGCGGGUGUGCGACGACUACGACGUGGUCCACAACGAGUUCUUCUUCGACCGCAGUCCCUGCGCCUUCCAGACCAUCCUCACCUUCCUGCGCGCCGGGAAACUGCGCUCUCUGCGCGAGAUGUGCGCCCUGUCCUUCCGAGAAGAGCUGCUCUAUUGGGGCGUCCCGGAGGAGAGCUUGGAGUGGUGCUGCCGGAGACGCCUCCUGCAGCGCGUGGAGGAGUGCAACGAGUUAGAGCGGGUGGCAGAGGAGGACGAGGAGAAUGAGGAUGACAGCCAAAGCAGUUUGACCAGAGAGUCUCGCCUCGGCCGCUGGAUGGGAAAGCUAAGAGACAUGGUGGAGAAGCCUCACUCCGGCCUGCCGGGGAAGAUCUUCGCCUGCCUUUCGGUGCUGUUCGUCACGAUAACAGCCAUCAACCUGUCCAUAAGCACCAUGCCUGCCAUGAGGGAGGAGGAGGAGACGGGUAAAUGCUCUCAGAUGUGCUACAACAUCUUCAUCGUGGAGACGGUGUGUGUGGCCUGGUUCUCACUGGAGUUCACGCUGCGCUUCAUCCAAGACCGCAGCAAGCUGGCCUUCCUCCGGCGGCCGCUCAACCUGAUCGACGUCAUAGCCAUCCUGCCCUACUACAUCACGCUGGUGGUGGACAGCACCUCCACGGGCGAGAAGCGCUUGGGCUCGGGCAACAGCUAUCUGGACAAAGUGGGCCUGGUGCUGCGCGUGCUGCGGGCAUUACGCAUCCUCUACGUGAUGCGGCUGGCGCGCCACUCUCUUGGACUGCAGACUCUCGGGCUGACGGCGCGCCGGUGCACGCGGGAGUUCGGCUUGCUCCUCCUCUUCCUUUGCGUGGCCAUAGCUCUCUUCUCCCCGCUGCUCUACCUGAUUGAGAACGAGGCCGGGGUCACGCGAGAGUUCAGUAGCAUUCCUGCAACGUACUGGUGGGCCGUGAUCACCAUGACCACGGUGGGUUACGGCGACAUGGUGCCGCGCAGCAUCCCCGGACAGGUGGUGGCGCUCAGCAGCAUCCUCAGCGGGAUCCUGCUCAUGGCGUUCCCCGUCACCUCCAUCUUCCACACGUUCUCGCGCUCCUAUGUCGAGCUCAAGCAGGAGCAGCAGCGGCUGCUGCAGCGCAGGACGCACUUUCUGCUGCGCAGCCGCAUCGCAGGUCUCAGUAGCAACCUGUCACUGGAGAGCGACGUGCUUUUUCCUAGCACCUCGUCUGAUCACAGAAAGCGAGAGGAAUAGGAGUUCAAGAAAGUGUAGGGUGCUAAUGGACGCGAAAUAUAAAGCAGCUGUUUUGAAUGUCGUUUUACAUGUUGUCCAUCAACAAUCCAUUAAAGGGAUAGGUUAAAAAAAUGUAUUCAAAAAUGAAAAUUCUGUCACCAUUUACUCGCCCACAUGUCCUUCCACAGCCCAAGAAUUUGGUUAAAGCGCUUCCCAAAAAUGAAUUAAAAUUCUGUCAUCAUUUACUCAUCCUCAAGUUGUUCCAAACCUGUUUGAGAUUAAUUCUUCUGAACACAAAAGAAGAGAUCUGGAAGACUGUAACAGUUGCUGGUCCUCAUUGACUUCCAUAAUAUGGAAAAAAUACAAUGGAAGUCAUUGGGUACCAUCAACUGUUUAGUUCCCAACAUUCUUCAAAAUCUCUACUUCUGUGUUCAUCUGAAGAAAGAAACUCGUAAAGGUUCGGAAAAACUUGAGGAUGUGUAAAUCAAAGAAUUUAAAAAUAAAAGUACCUUCAAGUCAGUCUCUCCAUCGAAUGUAAAACAAAUCCAUAUGAUCACAGAAUUUUCAUUUUUGGGUGAACUAUCCCUAUAAAAGUAUAUUAGAGGUGCUCAGUCAUGAACUUUCCAGCAGAACUGACUUCAGAAUUGAAGUUGAACAAAUUUGAAACUUUCAGAGCUUAUUUGAAAAUGACUGGCAGUAAAUGUGAUAAUGUUGCUCUUAAUGAUUAGUUCACCAAAAAUGAAAAUUCUGUCAUCAUUUAAAGUGUGUUCACACCAAGGUCAGUAACUAUAACAGUAACCAUGAAGUUGUAAUAAUUGUUCCAAUUCCAUGAGAAGAGGGAAGUCCACAGCAAAACUACAGUAUAAUCAUAACAACACAUAGGAACGAUAACAUUAGGAUCACUUUCAGAACCUUUCUGUUAUUUCAAACCUUCUUCUGUGGAACUCUGAAUUUUGAAUAAUGCAAAAGGUUUUUUUUCCUAAAAUAAAAUACUGAUGAAUGAGAGACUGGCACUUUUCAAGCAUCAGAAAGGACUUGAGCUAAAAUAACACUGUAAUGUACUGUAAGUUUAAUAAAAAUGAUUUGUGUGCUAUAUAA